CUGGCCCAGCGGCACGGUGAGUGGCACCGCUCGCUCCAUCCUGUGAACUACAAGUUCCAGCGUGCUCAGCGCGCGACGGGACCUCACGAGUCCAGACGUGCCCGCAAACGGCUCCCUUCCACGGCGCUCUACCGCCUGGGCACUGCGGACUGGCCCAACGAGAAGGCGGCCGCCACGUACCUCCCCGAGUCCCAGGAGCCGAGCCGCGCGCCGCCCGACUUCUGCGCCUGCGCGGGAACCCAGCCACUGCGCGCGCCUGGAACCACACCCCCUCUCGUUUGGCCACGCCCCCGGAAACUCCGCCCCUGUCGCCCCGAGCCUCCCCGCAGGACCCUGAACCUCAAUGAUCCUACUGCAGCCCUCAGAACGAGACCCCCAGGGUCGGGCCCAGUGCCCCUCGCAGGCCACCUUGGGGGUGACUCGGGGCCUAGAUGCCAGGCUGCCUCUCUCCCUGUUCUCCCCAGGGAGACCCUGCACAAGCAGUUCAUUUCAGAGGAGAAUAUGGCCACCCACUUCUCUCGACUCAGCCUGCAUAAUGACCACCCCUACUGCACACCCUCCUUGGCCUUCCCCCCAGCCCUGCCCCCACUCAGCUCCUUGGAAAGAGCUGGGAACCCAAGAGCUUCUGAGAACCUAGACCUGGUGGGAGGUCACUCAGCCAGGCCAGCCUCAGCCCUAUGCCCUGUCACAUCUUCUUCCAGGAGUCCUUGCUCUGAGCUGCUUGUCUGGCGAUACCCUGGGAGCCUCAUCCCUGAGGCCCUCCGGCUGCUCAGGCUGGGGGACACCACCAUGCCCCACUACUCUGCAGCCCCAGCUGGGGAUACAGUGGAGCUCUGAGUGCUGGUGGGCAGUGCCUUUCCCACUUUUCAUCUUCCCCACAAGAGAAGAGACCACUGACCCCCACAACGAAGGGAGAAGUUGCUUGCCUAUUCUCCAGAAGGUCCUGGUAUCAGGACCUUCCCCCAACAGAGGACACUGAGCCCAGCGGAGCCUGGGAACAGGAAGAGCAAGAAUAUGGGAAAGGAGGCACCCUGCCCCCAAGUGAACUGAAUAAAGAUUGAUGAGCAAAAGAA